AUGUCCAAAGUGGUGGAUAUCAACAGCAUUGGGAACUGGAAAGAAACUGUCAGCCAAGUCAUGGCUACAUGGCCCAUGACACCAGUGCCAGGUUUCCGUCUGACAGCUCCGGGGCUUGGGGAGAACGAAGCCACCUACCAUAGGGUUGACCAUCAGUGCUGGCAACCAGGUAAAGCUCACCUACCAGGAGCCGCUCGGGCCAGAAGCAUCGCCGUCAGGCGGGGCAAAGAGAUUCCACCCAGGAACCAUCGAAACCAGCGGGAGGUCUAUUUGGCGACGAGGUUUGGCACUGCAGCCUCCUCUUCCCCCAACCGCAAGUCGCGACUCGAUAGCCUUGAUGAAGACGUGCCGGUACCGGCAGCGCCAGCCGCCAAAGCUUCCGCUGGCCCGAGUCUCUUUGGCGGCUCUGGACGCCUGGCCAGAAACAUCUUCGACGAUGACGAUGAUGUUGUGAAACAGGAUGGCGGCAGCAAAGUCUCCAGCCUUUUCGGCGCAGCGAUGCCGACGGUGCCGCCAGCAAAGGCACCAGCUGAGAGAGACGCGCCAACAGGUGUGCCAAAAGCAACUGCAGCCGAACCAUCGAAACCAGCAGGGGGUCUAUUUGGCGACAAUGAAGUCCGUUCAAACCCACUGUUUGGCACUGCAGCCUCAGCUUCAAUGCGCAAGCCGAGACUCGAUAGCAACGAAGAAGACGCGCCAGCAUCGGCACCGGCAGCAGCACCGGCCGCACCGACACCGGCAGCGGCAGCAGCGGCAGUGCCAUUUGCGCCACCGACGGUGGCAGCAAAAGCUUCCAGUGGCCCGAGCCUCUUUGGUGGAUCUGGACGCCUUGCAAAAGACAUCUUUGACGAUGACGAUGACGAUGACGUUGUGAAACAGGCCCCUGUGGGCAGCUCUGGCCUCUUUGGCGCUCCAGUGCCACCAGCGCCAGCGGCAGUGGAAGCAUCGAAGCCGACGGGAGGUCUAUUUGAAGACAAUGAGGUCCGGUCCAAUCCACUGUUCGGCACUGCAGCCUCAGCUCCUUCAACGCGAAAGCCGAGACUCGAUAGCAACGAAGAAGACGCGCCAGCGCCGGCACCAGCCGCGGCACCGGCCGCACCGGCACCGGCAGCAGCGGCAGUGCCAUUUGCGCCGCCGACGGUGGCAGCAAAAGCUUCCAGUGGCCCGAGCCUCUUUGGUGGAUCUGGACGCCUUGCAAAAGACAUCUUUGACGAUGACGAUGACGAUGACGAUGACGUUGUGAAACAGGCUCCUUUGGGCAGCUCUGGCCUCUUUGGCGCUCCAGUGCCACCAGCGCCAGCGGCAGUGGCGCCUUUGCAGGCAGCUGAGCCACCAGCUUCGGCAGCUUCGCCGGCUCCGGCAGGAAGCGGAGCAGGCGGAGCAGAAGCGUCGAAAGCAGCAGGACUUUUUGGCGACAGCGAGGUCCGCUUCAACCCACUGUCUGGCUCUGCGCCUGCAUCUUCGAUGCUGUGCAAGUCUAGCCUUGAUAGCCUCGAUGGCGACGCGCCAGCACCAGCAGCGGCUGCCCCGGCAGCGGCGCCAGCAGCGGCAGCUGCACCGGCAGCGCCGACGGCGCCGACGCUGCCGUUUGCACCGCCACUGCUGGCAGCGAAAGCUUCCAGCGGUGGCCCAAGCCUCUUUGGUGGCUCUGGACGCCUUGCCACAAACAUCUUCGACGACGAUGACGACGAUGGCUUUGUGAAACAGGCAGCUCCAACUGGCAGCGCCGUCUCCAGCCUCUUUGCGGCAGCGGCGCCAGUGGCACAGGUGACGAUGCGCGGAAAACAUCAGGGGAAGGACAAGCCGUUGCUUCUGCUGCUCCAGCCGCAGAACCGCCAAAACCAGCAGGAGGAGGACUUUUUGGCGACAGUGAGAUCUGGCUCGCCGCCGCCGACGGUGCCGUUUGCAGCGCCGUUGGCAGCAAAAGCUUCCAGCGGUGCGGAGGGGAAAGCUGGGAGCCAUGGGAAUGGUGGCCCAAGCCUCUUUGGUGGAUCUGGACGCAUGGCCACCAGCAUCUUCGACGAUGACGACGAUGAUGACUUUGUGAAACAGGCGGCACCAACUGGCAGCACACUCUCCAGCCUCUUUGGUGCGCCGGCACAGGCAGCACCAGCUGACCCAUUGGGGGCACUGGCAGGUCCUAAGACUGAGCCAGAGCCGCCAGCAGCGGAGAAGUCCUCGGAUCCCCUGGGAGGAAAGGUGGUCUUUAAGCCGCCCCUGUGAACGACGCCAAGGAAUGGAAGACAUGGGGAGUGAAUGCAAAA